AUGGAACCUUUUCAGCAUCAGAGACAGAUUCAGAAAUAUAGAAGGAGACUUGGAAUGCCUUAUGCUAAUUUCAAUUGUAAGGGUAAAAUUUGGUUUUUUGUUCAAGAUAAUGUAGAUGUUGAGGUUCUUUUGGAUAUCGAACAAUCCAUUACUGUAAAGUUGAAGUUUCAAGAAUUGAAUAGAGAUAUAGUGCUUGAAGUGGAACAUUUGUCAAGGACUGGUUCUGAACAUGCACCAUUACUUGUAUCUUGUGGAGAUCAAGUGGAGAAUUUUAUCAAACCAUUCAGAUUUCUCAAAUUCUGGGUGGAGCAUGAUACUUUUCUUGACUUUAUUAAGCAGCAAUGGGAAGCACACUUAUCUGAUGAUGUUUUUCUUUCCUUUAAACUCAAGAUGAAGAAACUGAAAGUUGCUUUAAGUACAUGGAGUAAGGCUACUUUUGGGGACAUUUUUAAACAACUAGUCAUCAGAGAGGAUAUAGUUAAGAUUAAAGAGCAUUUGUUUGAGGAGACCCCAUCUGAAGAAAAUAGAAUGGUCAUGCAAAAGGCCCAAGCAGAACUUAAACUGUAUCUUCACUAUGAGGAAGAAUUCUGGAGGCAAAAAGCUGGGAUGGACUGUUUCUCAGAAGGUGAUAAAAAUACAAGAUAUUUCCAUAGUCUGGUAAAAGGAAGAAGGAAAAGAAUCCAGAUUAAGAGGAUUCAAGAUGCUACUGGAAAUUGGCUAAAGGAUGCUGAUAGAGUUGCUGGUAAAGUUGUUAAUUUUUUUCAUAAGCAAUUUACUCAUGAGGAGGUUAGUAAAGACUCUCAAAUUCUUAAUCAUAUUCCUAAACUGAUUAGAGAGGAGGAUAAUAUGCUACUUGCUGAACAACCUACUAUGGAGGAAGUACAGAAGGCAGUGUUUGAAUUAAAUGAGGAUAGUACCUGUGGCCUUGAUGGAUUUUCUGGGAUAUUUUAUCAGAAGUGUUGGGAGGUGAUGAAGAAGAUGGGAUUUUUUGGAGCUUUCAUUGAUCUUAUAUGGAGGCUGUUGGCAAAUAAUUGGUAUUCUGUACUUCUAAAUGGUCAGGCACAUAGUUUCUUUCACUCUACAAGGGGUGUCAAGCAGGGGGAUCCACUCUCUCCUGCUCUUUUCAUUAUAGCUGCAGAAGUUCUUUCAAGAGCAUUAAACUCUUUGUUUGAUCAGCCUGAUGAUACAAUCAUCUUUUCUGCAACAGACAACUACUCUUUACAGAUGAUCAUGGAUACUCUUCAAGAAUAUGAGAAAAUAUCUGGACAACUGAUAAAUAAGAGGAAAAGUUCUUUUUAUAUGUUCAACAAAGUUUCAAAUGAGUUAAGUCAGCAGGUUGCAGCAGUAACAGGAUUUGUGAGAGGGCAAUUUCCUUUUACAUAUCUUGGAGUACCAAUUACUCAUGCCAGGAAAAGGAAAGUGGAUUAUACUGAGUUAUUGAAGAAAGUCAAAGACAAAUUGCAAACUUGGAAAGGAAAGUUACUGUCUUAUGGGCGAAAAGCAGUGUUGAUUACAAGUGUCCUUCAAAGUAUCCCAAUUCAUGUUCUAUCUGCUAUAAGGCCUCCUAAAUGUGUUAUAAAAGAACUGUACAGGAUCUUUGCAAGGUUCUUUUGGAAUUAUAAGGAGGAAGGAAGAUGCAGACACUGGUCAUAUUGGUUUAACAUGUGCCUUCCUAAACAUGAAGGAGGUUUGGGUUUCAGGUCUAUUUAUGGCAUGUCCAAAGCCUUAUGUGCUAAACUUUGUUGGAAGUUUAGAACCACUAGUUCACUUUGGGCUAAUUUCAUGUGGAACAAAUACUGUAAGAAGCAAAUUCCUCAGGUGGUUCAAUGGAAGGGAGGUUCACAAGUCUGGAAGAUGAUGUUAGAAACAAGGGAAAGUAUUGAGCAGGAAAUCUGGUGGGAGCUAAAGAUUGGAAGUUCAAACAUCUGGUUUGAUAAUUGGACUAAGUUAGGUGCUCUCAGCUAUGUGGUUCCCCAGUCCUGGCAAAUCAAUGAUCAUGCUGAAGAUGUUUCUGAGCUUAUUAAAAUGGAAGAUGGGAUAUUAACAAACUCAUGCAGCUAUUUCCUGAAGAUGUAG